AUGGACAAUCAAGAUGAAUAUUUACUUAACUUCAGAGGCUAUAACUUUGAAAGAACUUUAUUUAAAAUGAACAUAGCGGAAAACAUGGAUGAUCAGGAAAUUAGAGAUGAUGAUGUCUUCAUAGUCACAUAUCCAAAAUCUGGUACCAUCUGGACACAACAGAUCCUCAGCCUGAUUUAUUUUGAGGGCCACCGGAACAACACUGAAACCAUCCAAACAAUAGAUAGAGCACCAUUCUUUGAGUACAAUAUUCAUAAUGUGGACUUUGCCAAAAUGCCAUUACCUCGUAUCUUUUCUUCCCACCUCCCGUAUUAUUUGGUGCCAAAAGUUUUCAAGAACAAAAAAGUCAAAAUUCUUUAUAUCUACAGAAAUCCUAAAGAUAUUUUGACCUCCUACUUUCAUUAUUCAAAUUUUAUGGUUAUACUUGAAGCCUCAAAUACUAUAGAAACAUUUAUGCAAACAUUUCUAGAUGGAAGAGGGCUUGCUGGCUAUGGGGUAUCAGGUGGAACAGAAACCCCAACAAGCAGACCCUCCAUGUUACAUGAAGGAAUCCAAGUGACUGACCUGGUAGAAUCUCUAUCCAGUUGGGUUCAUCAUGUGCAGUACAUUCUUUCUCAGGGCAAAGCUAACCACGCAGGAGACUGGCUAAAUGAAAAGCGGGCCUGCUUGCCUCAUCACUACAAAACCACAUAA